CCUUGCUCUCUCUAUAAUGGCGACAGUUGUAGAGAUUGAACAGGAGCAACCCAAGAUCAGCAAGGUCGAAGAAGAAGAGAUAUCACCAAUCGAAGAAGUUAGAUUAACAGUAUCAACUAUCGAUGAUCCAACACUACCAAUUUGGACAUUCAGAAUGUGGGUAUUAGGUUUGAUAUCAUGUGCUGCAUUAUCAUUCAUCAACACCUUCUUUUCAUAUCGUACAGCACCAUUGAUUAUAACUCAGAUUACUAUUCAGAUUGCAAGUUUACCUAUUGGAAAGUUCAUGGCAUAUGUAUUGCCAAAAACUAAGUUUAAUAUACCUGGUUUAGGAGAUUGCUCACUUAAUCCAGGUCCAUUCAAUAUGAAAGAACAUGUUUUGAUAUCUAUGUUCGCAAAUGCUGGAAGUGCUUUCGGCAAUGGACCGGCUUACGCGAUCAAUAUCGUUAGUAUUGUCAAAGCUUUUUAUAAGAGAAAAAUCUCCUUCGUAACGAGUCUGCUUCUUGUUAUCACCACUCAGGUUCUUGGAUAUGGAUGGGCUGGUGUUAUGAGAAAAUAUGUUGUGGAACCUUCACAGAUGUGGUGGCCGGCAAGCAUGCCACAAGUCUCUCUUUUCAGGGCACUGCAUGAGAAGGAUCAUGACAGACAAUGGAUGUCAAAGGGAAAGUUCUUUAUGAUUGCAUGUAUUGCCAGCUUUGUUUGGGCUUUAGUACCAGGUUAUCUUUUCCCAACAAUAACGACGCUCUCUGUCCUCUGCUUGGCAUUCCCUAAAUCAGUCACGGCUCAUCAAAUCGGUUCAGGCUUGAAUGGAUUAGGGAUUGGAUCAUUUACCUUCGACUGGACUACAGUAGCAUCCUAUCUGUAUAGCCCCCUUAUUAGCCCUUUUUUCGCUACAGCCAAUGUUGCGAUAGGUUAUGCCUUGAUCGUGUACGUCGUAACCCCGAUUAGUUACUGGGGAUUGAACUUGUACAAUGCUAAGACAUUCCCUAUAUAUUCAUCACACAUGUUCACUUCGCAAGGGCAUAGAUACAAUGUAUCAGCAAUUGUAAACGACAAGUUUGAGAUAGAUGUAUUGCAGUACGCACAACAAGGGCGGAUAAAUUUGAGUACGUUUUUCGCGGUCUCCUAUGGAAUUGGUUUUGCUGCCGUAGCAGCAACCCUUACACAUGUUAUCUUGUUUCAUGGAAAGGAGAUAUGGAGAAGAUUUAGGACUUCACGUAAGGAUAAGGAGGAUAUCCAUACAAGAUUGAUGAAGGAAUAUAAGGACAUACCCAACUGGUGGUUUUACCUCCUGCUUGUAGUGACAUUUGUAGCUUCUCUUCUACUCUGCUUUUUUGCAAAAGCUGAGGUUCAGAUGCCAUGGUGGGCACUUAUCUUUGCUUGUGCAAUAGCUAUGAUCUUCACUCUUCCGAUCAGCAUCAUCACUGCUACUACGAAUCAGACACCAGGACUAAACAUCAUCACAGAAUACUUUAUGGGACUUAUCCGACCUGGGAUGCCAAUUGCAAACGUAUGUUUCAAAACAUAUGGGUAUAUAAGCAUGACCCAAGCCAUCUCCUUCCUCCAGGAUUUCAAGCUAGGGCACUACAUGAAGAUCCCUCCGAGAUCAAUGUUCUUAGUUCAGCUCAUUGGAACCAUCAUAGCUGGAGUAAUCAACACAGGGACAGCGUGGUACAUGCUGAACUCGAUUCCGAAUAUAUGUCAGGACGAUCUCCUUCCAGCUAAUAGCCCUUGGACGUGCCCAACUGAUCGAGUUUUCUUUGAUGCAUCUGUCAUCUGGGGUCUGGCCGGACCAAAGCGUAUCUUUGGCGUUGAUGGAAACUAUAUAGCUCUAAACUGGUUCUUUCUCGGGGGUGCUUUAGCUCCAUUUUUUGUUUACAUAGUGCAUAAGAUAUUCAAAAAACAUACCUGGAUUCCUCUGAUUAACAUUCCCGUCAUUCUGCAAGCGACUGCAAUGAUGCCACCUGCUUCAUCUAUAAACUACACCUCGUGGCUACUGAUCGGAGUCAUCUUCAACUAUUUUGUUUUCCGGUACCGCAAAAAUUGGUGGCAAAGGUACAACUAUGUUCUUUCUGCUGCCUUAGACGCUGGAGUGGCUAUUAUGUCAGUAUUCAUAUACUUCGCACUCAGCAGUACGACACUGACAUGGUGGGGCACAGGUGGUGAGUAUUGUGACUUGGCUACUUGUCCGACAGCUAAAGGCGUCGUUGUUAAAGGUUGUCCUGUUUUCUGACACAUGGAUCAAUCUACUCUUCUUACA